AUGGGUUUGAUCCUGCAUUCACUCUGUGCGCUCGUGGCUCUGCUUUCUCCGGCUGCGCGCGCCACAGAGAGCACGAGCGGCGCAUUUCCUCUCGCGCUCGACCCCAGCCGGAGCUCACCUGGGGAGGAGGAGCGGCUCGAGCCUCCGUACCUGACGCUCCCGGUGUACCUGCACUCCAGAUCCCCGCUCGUGCCGAAGCAGCGCUUCUCUCUGGCGCACGCGAGGGCUCGUCUCCAGCGCGUGCAGGUACCGGAGCGCGUGCGGCAGCUGCUCUUGCCCGCGCCGCGGCGACCUCAGAAGUCCCGGCGCGUGAGAGGCGCCGUGCGGGUCGCGUGCAGCCCGAAGGAGAUGCGCGUGCGGAUCCAGACGGAGAGCGCGCGGGUGAAGCUGGGCACGUGCGGCGCGAGCGCUUCUACGGAGCAGUUCGUGAUGUUUCAGUACGAUCUGCAGCAGUGCGGCACCCACAGACAGGUGAUAAACGGCACCGUCACUUAUUCAAACACUCUUCACUACGUCCCUGACGAGAGCAGCUCUGACUUCUUCUCCAUACCUGUACAGUGUCACUUCAACAGGUUCCACUACUCCUAUAAGAUCGGUUUUGUCCCCCAUGUUGAAACAGUGAGGUUCUUCAAGCCCAUCAGAACUAAAGGCAGCGUCUCACUGAGCGUCUGUGAUGAGAACUGGAACAAACUUCCCCCCCUCCAGGGUUUCGUGAUCGGACACCCAGUGUUCCUCGAGGCUGAAGUUCCCCUCGUCUCUGAAGGUGAAAGGUUACACUCUGAUUUCUGUCACAUAACCACUAAAAGUUCUCGUCUCUCCCUCCCACGACUCGACAUCAUCCACAACUACGGCUGUAUGAUUUACAGUAACGGCAGCCAGUGGAGAUUCAUGAAAAGUGACAGGAGGAACGUGGUCAGGUUCUCUAUCGAUGCUUUUACACUUCAGGGUCUCUUGGCCAAGCACUUGUUCUUGCACUGUGAAAUGUCGGUUCGAGAUGCGACUGCAACACCGACGUCCAAGUUCUGCACUUAUAACCAGCAGGAUCUCAGAUGGGAGGAACUUUAUGGUUCUGACUCAGUUUGUUCAUGCUGUGAUUCGUCCUGUCUGUCUGAAACACCAGAAGGUGAAAUUAAAUAUCACACAUAA